CCAACAAACCGAAAGAAAUAUUGAAAAAUCGGCAACCAAAGCAAAGCAAACCUCAGUUUCAUGUUAAUCAACAUUGCUUUCCUUUGCAAUAGGAGAUUGUGUACUAUGUUUAUGUGCCUGAAUAUGUAAAUUACGUCCACCAUGUUUCCCAUUAAUCACAAAACAAUAUUUGUUUUGGACCACACUCCUUACUUCGGCAUAUCAUCAGAUUUUCCGAUAGACUUCGAUGUCCCGAAAAACAGAGGAUAUCUUCCAGUUCCACCAAUUUGCAAGUCUUUAUGGACUUGUAGUGUGGAAGCGGCUGUUGAGUACUGCCGGAUAGUAUGGGAUCUAUUUCCUGAAGGAAAAUUGGUGAGGUUUGUAGUAAGUGAUAACACAGCUCAUAUGCUAAAUACAUGGGCUGUGGCACAACAAAAUUUAACUCAUCUCCUGAAUGGAUUAUGUCUGGUGGGACCAGUGAGGAGAGGAGCAGGUGGUGAUGUUGAGGGCCUAGUUGCCGCCAUUGAGGCACUUGCUGAACCCUCACCUGAUCAGAGCUCUAGACCUGCAGAGAGACACUUCCAAAACCGUGGCCGUGUAAUUUGCAUAACAAGUGCCAGAGACAAUGACUCCAUAAAAAAUCUAAAGGAUAUUGCUCACAACACUAUAGUACAAAUUAAUAAGAAGGCAGCAUUAGCUCAACCAGCCAGUACUUCAGAAUCUACUAGUACUACUCCACAGCCCUUAGUAAUACAUUAUUGCCACAUAGUAAUUAUUAAUGUAACACCAGAAAAUGCAGAGACCAGAGUUACUAAUCAACCACUGACUGAAAUAGCCGGUGGUCAAAUAGGUGUAGAGGUAAUAGUAUCUCGAGCCAGUGCCUUAGCGAAUCUGUUGGGACGCUUGGUGUUGCCACACUACAAACUAGCCACUACCACUGUCACUGGUAUUCCUAUGAAGGAAGAACAAAAUGCAAGUUCUAGUGCUAAUUACGAUGUUGAAAUAAUACACGCAGCAGACGCUCACGCUGGUCUCCGAGCGUCGCAAACGCCGGCUGAAGCUUUGGAAUCGGUGGUGCUGCGCUGGUGGACGCCGCGCGGCGCGGAGGGCGGCGCGGGCGGCUGCAGCGGCGCGCUGUGGCGCGUGACGCCGGCCGACGUGGCCUCGCGCCCCUCCGCCUGCCUCGUCAACUUCCUGCUCAACGGACGCUCUGUCACGCUCGAGGUGCCCAGAAAAGGCGGCGGCAGAUCAGCGUCUCAUGUAUUAGCAGCUCAAGGCGGAGAGCUGUGGAUCGGAGCUCUCGGCGGCCGUACUCCGUAUGACGACCCUCCUGCUUUAUCUGAAGGUGCUGGUGGACGAGUCACUGAUUACAGGAUAAAAGAGUUCGGCGCCCUAAUGCAACAGAACCGCCUGCACCCGCUGCGCGGCGCGGGCGCCAACGCGCGGGCGCGGGCGCGGCUGCAGCGACACACCACAUACUGGCCGCUCACUAUAUCCUCUACGCUUAUAUUUAAUUUAGGAUCGGUAUUAGAACCGCUAACUCGGCUAGUGGUACAAGAGACGUUAACUGAUGAAGAAGUGGAGACGUGCCGCAAUGUUCUACUGUCCUUGCUGGGCAUGGAAUCUCGUCAUGAGUUCCCGACAGCCCAGCUGCCGUCCAAUAUGAGUAUGUUCAACAGGGGCAAAUCCUCCGGCCGUCGCGAGGAGCAAUGGCGUCAAGUGUGGGGCGAGUUGGAAGCGCUAGUGCGAGCGCAUGCGGCGGCCCCGCAGCACCGCGCGUUGUUGCGAGUCUUACUUGAUUGUAGGGCGCAUAAUAAUCACCCCAGUGAUGGUGAAUCCCGAGCUACAGUAAUUCGAGCGACAACCGACAGUCCCCUAUCCCCGGUGGGGGCGGGUAACGGGGCUUCGACUUCUGGUGACGUGUGGGCGCCGCGCAACGUGCUGGACGCGUUACUGGGGGCCCCGAGGCCGCCGCGCCGCCCGGACUUCGCGGGCCGCAUGGCUGCCGGCUCCAGAGUCGCCACGCUAUACCCGCAGUUGCAGCAAGAUGUCGAAACUUCUCAUUAACACUUCAUUGUGACUGUAGUGUUGGCCCGGGGGUAUAUAAAGUGCUCAUAGGGAACACGGUGUGGUUGAAAUUAGCAACAAUUAAAACACGUUUCUUGUUUAUACCAAUAGAUUUUUAUAGUAAAAAGUGGUAUAGAAAGAAGUAUUUUUAUGUCAGACGUUGUAGCCGCGGCAAUUCAACUUACCAUCCAUGUUACAAUGUUGCGCUGAAAAAAGAGCCAGAUGUGUAAAUGCGCCAUUAUGAAUUUAGAGUUGUCAUUAAGUAAAUGUCUUUAAAUGGCAACAUUAUCUGAGUCAGUGGUUCUUAAUGCGAGACCCUCAUACCACAUCUACGGUUCUUCAAUAUCCAUAGCUUCGCCUAUUUUACCAACUUUUAUAAAAUCAGAAAGCUCAGUCACGCAUAACUAUAAAGUGAGCAAUUUUGUUGGCGAGCCCAGGAUGUGGUCGACUGAUUAACAUUGUGGCUCAACACCGGCCUCACUUUGCGGUUGUGGCGAACAUUUUAUGGCUCGUGUAUGAUUGUGUUGGUGCAAUAGUCCAAGGAUAAUGUUGUUAGCGAUGGAUGUGACGAUAUUUCAAAAAACCUUUUGCUAACGAGGUUCUUUUAAAUAUUGCUGAGUAUUAACUUUUGUACUGUGCGUUUAAUUUUACACUGUAACUGAAAAUGUGUAUAGGUAUGUAAGCGAAUAUGUGAAUAAAUGUAUUGGAUUAAGGACA